AUGAGCGAAGAGAGAGCAACACGAGAAGGUGAUAAAAUCGAUCUACCAGCUUCUUCCUCUAGCUGCUCCGGCUCCUACGAGUUUAGCCUCGCCGCCGCAAAAGUUGCAGUAGCUCAGGUCUGCGAGAGCGUCGGGUACGAGCAUUUCAAAGACCCAGCUCUCGAAUCCCUAGCCGGAUUCGCAGUCCAGUACAUUCUCCAGCUAGGUAAAACCGCCACCUCCUUCGCUAACCUAAACGGCAGGAGCCAGUGUAACGUCUUCGACAUCGCUCUCGCCUUGGAAGAUUUCACCGGCGAUGCCGACGAGAAAAAAAUCUCGCCGGAGAGCUGUUCCGCUGUGCGAUCGGUGAAAUUGAAGGAAAUCAUCGAUUUCGUGAAUUCGAGUGAAGAAAUCCCGUUUCCACAGCCGUUGCCGCGUUUCCCUGUAGCGAUUAGCGAUGGUAGCUCGAAGAAGACGAUGAUGAUUCCGAGUUUUGUUGAUAUCGGUGAAACUCCGCCGGGGAAACACAUUCCUCUUUGGCUACCUGCGUUUCCCGAUCCUCAUACGUAUAAGGAAACACCAAUGUGGAUCGAGAGGGCUUCAGAUCCUAGAGGGGAUAAGAUUGAACAGGCGAGGCAGAGACGGAAGGCGGAGAGAGCUUUGUUGAGUUUGCAGAGGAAGUUCGUUUGUAAAAUCUCCUCAGGGAACUCUGUUUGGGGAGAUAUGGAUACUGUGAAAGUAGAGAUGAGAGAAGCUGAGAGUGAAGCGCCUUCGCCUUCGAUUUCAGGGGAGAAAGUUGAGUCUUUGAAGAGAGAUGGGUUAUCAGUGAUUGAGGCAUUUGCUCCUGCAAUGGAGGCUGCAAGAGAUGUGUUUUGCGAUGAAGUUAACACUGAGUGGAAGAAGAAGAAGAAGCCUGAUGUUCUUUCUAAGCUUAGAACCGAGAGGAAGUUUCUUGGAGAGCCGUUGGAUUUGAGUCUGCAGAGGAAAGGUGAAGAUAGAGCUUUAUCCUUUGUGCGUGAAGAGGAUAGAGAUGACAAGAGGAGGAGAGCAGAGUUCAUUUUGAGGCAGUGUAUGGAGAAUCCGGUGGAUCUCAAUCAGUUGUAA